UGUCUAACAAACAGUGCAAUACUUGUAAUGUAUUAUAGCUUUGACUGUAUUUUGCAAAGCAAUCGAAACAUUGAUUUUUUCAUCCCUUAUGUUAUGUAAUGUAUUGAGUAUUGCAUUGAAUGUUGUUUUCGUCAAUUGUAUUGACAUUUGAUUGAUUGCACCGUUAGAUGAAUGGGUGCACGAAAUCGGAAAAACAGUGGCCACCAAAGUGGUCACACCCAUAGCAAACCUAAAGGCAAACGACUUGACAAAAGUCAUUCAACAAAUGAUGUGUUGGCCAACAAAUCGAUGCCACCGAUAGUCAAAUCAAUCAACAAUAAGACUAAUGAAAAGAGAGAUAAUUCAGUUCACCAUUUGUUGGGUCCAUGGAGUCCAUCGCCGUCGACGGCAUUUAAAGCCUUAUUAUCGGCCCGACUAUCGGCCGCCGUGUGGAACAACAUAAGUGAUUGCGACGAGACAUUCAAUUACUGGGAACCGACUCAUUACUUGAUUCACGGCUUGGGUUUCCAAACGUGGGAAUAUUCACCACUUUAUGCCAUCCGUUCGUAUGCUUUCCUCUGGAUCUACGCUUUACCGGCAUUUAUAUACACACAUCUCAUACAAACUAAUCAAUUGCUUGUCUUUUAUUACACCCGAUGUAUACUUGCCUUUUGUUGUGCUCUCUGUGAGACAUAUCUCUAUCGAGGAAUAUUACGUCAAUUUGGACCAUCAAUUGCACGACUGUUUCUAUUGUUUAUGGUUUUAUCAAACGGGAUGUUCAUAUCGUCGACAGCAUUCCUCCCGAGUUCGUUCUCCAUGUAUAUGACAGCUCUAACAUUUGGUGCUUGGCUUCAACAACACCACAAGAUUGUUAUAUUAACACAAGCAAUAAGUUCGCUCAUUGGUUGGCCAUUCACGGCAUUACUCGGUCUUCCCAUUGCUAUUGAGAUGUUGAUCAACAAAAAGAAGCGAUUUUUUUUCGCCAAGUGGUCGGCUAUUAUCGGUUUAUCGAUUUUGUUACCAUUAGUGUUGAUAGACACCUAUUAUUAUGGGAAGUUAGUGUUAGCACCGCUCAAUAUCGUAUUAUAUAACGUGUUUAGUAAGCACGGUCCUAACCUAUACGGUACUGAACCCUGGCAUUUCUAUUUCAUUAAUGGUUUUCUUAACUUCAAUCUCGUGUUUAUUUUAUCUUUGGCAUCACUUCCGGUUAUGGUCAUUUGCAAGCUAUUAGUGAAGUCAAAGAGAAAUAUAGUAAAUUCAAGUCAUAUAAUAUGUGUGACUUCACUGUUGCUUUGGUAUCUGGUUUUCUUCAGUCAGCCCCACAAAGAAGAGCGCUUUAUAUUUCCUGUCUAUCCAUUGAUAUGUUUGUCCGCCGCAUUUGCCAUAGAAAUGGUUCAAAAAGCAUUGGUCGCUAUUAUCCCCCGAUUAACUUAUUUCUAUUCGUCUCUAGUCUUAGUUUUUGUGAUUAUAUUUGCAUUUUUGUCGAUAUCUCGAGGAUUAGCUCUUUAUAAAGGAUAUCACGCGCCACUCGAUAUUUACAUGGAUUUGGGUCGCGUUCACAACGAUUACAAUAUUUCGAGCCUCAAAACACCAGUUAAUGUUUGUGUUGGUAAAGAGUGGUACCGAUACCCAUCCAGUUUCUUCUUGCCUUCAGUCCAACACUGGAAGUUACAGUUUAUUCAAUCAGAAUUUCGGGGACAACUCCCACAACCAUACAAUGGUGGCACUCGAGUCAUACCUUCGAAUAUGAAUGAUCUCAACCGGGAAGAGCUCUCCCGUUAUAUACAAGUAGCUGAUUGUCAUUUCCUGAUCGACACCGACGCCACUGAAUCUACUGACUUAGAGCCGCAAUUUUCGCGAGACUACGACCAUUGGGAAGUCCUGCAAUCGCUACCAUUUUUGGAUGCAAAGAACUCGCCGACACUGUUUCGGGCCUUUUAUGUGCCAUUUGUCACAGAAUCCAAAUGCAAUUUUGUUGACUACAAUUUGCUACGAAACAAACGAUUUAAUUUAACUAAUAAUGACACUUAAGUAUUAUAAUAUCUGCACUAAUGUAUAGGUGUUAUAAUACUUGUAUUUCAUUUAAUGAUAACUGCA